AUCCCAUGUUCCCGCUUUGCAUAGUGGGUACCGAGGCACACCCCAAUUUAAACACCUGCGACAGGUGCGCGGCCACGCCCAAACCAGUCCCAACCCAGUACAAACCAGUCCAAACCAGUCCGGGAGGGCAGCCAUGGCGGCGGUGGUGCUGGCGGUGGCGCUCGGGGCGGUUGUGGUGGCCCUCGGGGGAGUUUUGGUGGCCACGCUGGCCCGGAGGGGCCCGGACGGGCCCAGGUUGGCAGUGCCGGGACGGGCGGUGGCGCACAGGGGAGGCGCGGGGGAGAGGAUCGAGAACACCAUGGAGGCCUUUGAGAACGCGGUCUCGCAGGGCUGCGAUUGGCUGGAGCUGGACGUGCGCCGCACCCGCGACGGCGUCGUCGUCGUCUGCCACGACCGGGAGCUGUCGCGACAGAGCGGCCGCCAUCUUGACCUCCGCCAGACCGAUUACAAGGAUCUCCCCCCGUACCGGAGCCCCCUGGAGGUGACGUUUGCACCAGGCUCUUUCUCCUCCGGCUGCGAUCGCCGCAUCCCCCGAUUGGUCGAGGUCUUCCAGCGCUUCCCGCGGCAGCCAAUCAGCAUCGAGGUCAAGGACGACGACGAUGACCUCAUCAAUGAGGUGGCCUCGCUGGUCCGGAGCUUCGACCGCGCCCCCAUCACCCUCUGGGCCUCCUUCCGCCAGCGCAUCCUCCGCAAAUGCCGCCGAGCCCACCCGGAGAUGCCCGUUCUGCUUCUCGCUGGAGCGGGGGCUGCUGGUGCUGCUGCUCUGGUACCUGGGGCUGCUCCCGCGGCUGCCGCUGCCCGAGGCCGCGCUGCUCUUCCCGCUGCCCUCCAUCAUCAACCGGUGCGGCCCCUCCCCCCACCCCGAGCCUCCCCCACCCCCUCGGACCCUCCCCCGGUGGAGCGGCAAAAAAAACCCGGCGGAAAAAGGGUUAAAAACGGGAUUUUGGUGAAUUUUUAG